UAAGUGGUAAUUGUAUUAAUUUCCUAGGGAUGCUGUAACAAAUUACCCUAAACUGAACAGCUUAAAGCAGCAGAAAUUUAUUCUCUCACAGUUAAGGAGCCCAGAAGUCUGAAAUCAAGGUGUCAACAGGAUUGGUUCCUUCCAGAGACUCUGAGGGAGAAUCUGCUCCAGGCCUACCUCCUGGUUUCUGGGGGUUGCUUGCCAUGCCUUGGCUUGUAGCUACAUCACUUCAGUUUGUGCCUCUUUCCUAACAUGGGCUUCUUCCUUCUGUGUGUGUCUCUGUGUCCUAUCCUGUUCUUAUAAGGACACCACUCACUACAUUUGGGGCCCACUCUAAUCCAGCACGACCUCCUCUUAACUAAUUACAUUUACAAAGACUCUAUUUGCAGAUAAGGUACAUUCUGAGGUUCUGGGUGGCCAUGAAUUGGGGGGGGCACUAGUCAACCCCUACAGGAACCAUCAUUAUGGAAGCAUAAAGAAUAUGACCCACUGCUCUCCUCUGUGCUGGCAAAAUCCUGCAGAGUGUCAAGGAGACCUUAGACUGUCCUGAGGCUUUCUUGGAAGAAACACAUUUUCUCUGACAUCAUAACAUUCCCUGUUUGUAAUGCAGCUCAAGGUAAUUCACGGGCCUGCCCUGAGUCUCUCACUACCUUCUCUGUGAAAUGGGAGUCACUCUAUCGAGCAUGAUGUACUGAUCGACCCUCUCCAUGACGCCCACAGCAUCCAGUGACAACAAGUCAUUGUCCGUGAGAUUCCUUAGGGAUGUGGGGAGAGCUGGCAUGAUUUUGGAGUUCUCCAGUCACGCACACUCCAUUCUCAAUGGCCUCUGAAUCAAACACUGACACGGAGAAGGAAAAUACAUUCUUAGAGACGCCCUGGCCCUUGUAAGACAGAGGAUGCCAUGGCCAGACUGGGUCCUCCAAGGGGUGUCUGUCUUCUAAGGCAUCACAUUUCCCUCUCUCUGGCUCUUCACAAAGGCUGGGAGAAACCAGAAAGGAAGCAGAGAGACAAAAGAAAGACAGCAGCGUUAUUUCCAGAAUGACAGAAGCAGAUUUCAUAGUUGUUUGCUGGUGGUUGUUUUCUUGGCUUUGAGAUGAUCUCGCAUUCCUGUUUCCAGCUCUUGGCAAGAGUCUUCAUUCUUGGGGAGUGAUCGGGUUCCAGUGUUGCCCUGAGCUACGAGUUGAAGCCACAGACCAAGCUGCUAAGUCCUCGUUUCCAGCACAAGGCUUUGUGCUCAUGUCAUUUUGCAUCCUUUUAAAAUCCGCAGUGGGACAUGCACUACACCUAAUCCACUUACCUGCUACAAGCAACGUGGCAGAGAAUUCUCCACCUGAGACUUCAGUGCACAAGUUUUCUGUGAAAUUAUCAGCAUCACUGUCACCUGUGAUCCCAGGGUUCCCCCUAAUCAACUCAAGUCCCCUCACUGAGGCCUUCAGGGUGAACUGGCUGUCAGACACUGACUUUGAGGUUGUCACCACCGGCAAGGAACAACUAGAUUUUGAAACAGGACCACACAUAUUUGAUUUGCAGAUUUGUGUGAAGGAUGACGUGGGUGUCACUGACCUGCAGGUCCUGACGGUCCAGGUAACAGAUGUGAAUGAGCCGCCUGAGUUUCAAGGCAACUUGGCAAAAGGUCUAGACCUCUACAUAGUGGAAGGAGCAAAGCCUGGAUUCAUUUACCAGGUGGAGGCCUUCGAUCCAGAAGACACAAGUCAAAACACACCCCUCGGUUAUUUCCUGAUUUCCCCUUCAAAGAGUUUCAGAAUGUCUGCUAAUGGGACCCUCUUCUCCACAACAGAAUUUGACUUUGAAGCAGGACACAGCAGUUACCAUCUCAUCGUGGAAGUGAGAGAUAGCCAAGGGCUCAGAGCCUCCACGGAGCUGCAGGUGAACAUCGUGAACAUCAAUGAUGAGAUUCCUCGCUUUACCAGCCCAACGCACGUGUACACGAUUCCCGAGGAGCUGGGUCCAGGAGCAAUUGUGGCCAAUAUCACAGCUGAGGACCCUGAUGAUAAAGGUUUUACCAGCUUCCUCUUCUACAGCAUCACUACUGUCAACAGCUAUUUCAUGAUCAAUCAGUUGACUGGGACCAUCCAAGUAGCACGCAGGAUAGACCGAGAUGCAGGUGAAUUAAGACAAAAUCCCGCCAUAUCUCUGGAGGUUCUGGUGAAGGAUAGACCCUCUGGGGGUCAGGAGAAUCGCAAGCAGAUAACCUUCACUGUGGAAGACAUUAAUGACAACCCCUCGACAUGCACCAAGUUCACCUUCAGCAUUAUGGUGCCUGAGAGAGUAGCCAAGGGGACGUUGCUCCUGGACCUGAACAAGUUCUGCUUUGAUAAUGACAGUGAAGCACCAAACAACCAAUUCAACUUCACCACGCCAUCCGGAGUGGGGAGCAGCCGCAGAUUUUUACAGGAUCCAGCUGGCUCUGGGAAAAUCGUGUUGAUUGGUGAUCUAGAUUAUGAAAAUCCAAGUAAUCUAGCAGCCGGCAAUAAAUACACUGUGAUAAUCCAAGUGCAGGAUGUUGCCCCUCCUUACUAUAAAAAUAAUAUCUACAUUUAUAUCCUAACAAGCCCAGAAAAUGAGUUUCCUCUUGUCUUUGAUAGCCCAUCCUACGUAUUUGCCGUGUCGGAAUUAAGCCCACCUAGAACCCAGGUUGGACGGAUGCAAGCGGCAGAUAAAGACUUCCCCCAGAAAGGCAUCGUGUACUCCAUCUCCACCGGAGGGGCCAGCCAGCACUACCCAAACAUAUUUUGGAUUAAUCCCCAAACGGGAGAACUCCAGCUGGUGACUAAAGCAGACUACGAGAUAACCCCCGUCUAUAUUCUCAGAAUCCAGGCCACCAACAGCGAGGACAGCAGCUCAGUCACUGUGACUGUGAACAUCAUUGAAGAAAAUGAUGAAAAGCCGAUCUGUACCCCUAACUCGUACUCCCUGGCCAUCCCAGUGGACCUGAAAGUUGGCACAAAUAUUUACAAUUUCAAGCUCACGUGUACUGACCUUGAUUCCAGCCCCAGGUCUUUUCGUUACUCCAUUGGCCCAGGCAACAUCAACAGUCAUUUCACCUUCUCUCCCAACGCCGGGUCCAACGUUACAAGCCUGAUCCUCGCGACUCGCUUUGACUAUGCUAGUGGGCUUGAUAAGAUCUGGAACUACAAACUACUUGUCUACAUAACUGAUGACAACUUGCUGUCUGACAGGAAGAGCGCUGGAGCUCUUGUUGAAACAGGCACAGUGACACUGAGUAUUAGUGUCAUUCCUCACCCAACCACGAUUGUCACCACAACCCCCAGGCCCAGGAUCACCUACUGGAUCCUGAGGAAGAACGUGUAUUCUCCAUCGGCCUGGUAUGUGCCUUUUGUCAUCACUUUGGGCUCCAUGUUGCUUCUGGGUCUCCUGGUGUCCCUGAUCGUCCUGUUGGCCAAAGCCAUCCACAGACACUGUCCCUGCAAGACUGGGAAGCACAAGAAACCUCUGUAAAAAAAAAAAAAAACCCAGCUCCAAAAGAGGGACGUCACCACUGAAACAAUCCAGAUGAACACUGUCUUUGAUGGAGAAGCCACAGACCCAGUUACUGGGGCAAUAUAUGAAUUCAACACAAAAACUGGAGCCAGAAAGUGGAAAGAUCCCUUAACCCAAAUGCCAAAAUGGAAGAAGUCCAGCCCUCAGGGAGCUGCUCCAAGAAGACCUGUCACUGGGGAAGGGACCGGGCCACCAAGGAGCACCCACAAGGAAGGAGAUGGGCUGAGCGACAAAGCACAGGCCAGGAAUACAGGCCCCUGGUCCAGGAACCAGGACGGCAAGCCAAGCACCCCAAAGAACAGAAACUCAGCCCUUACGAGUGGGGGAUCCCCCAAACCGCACCCAGAAAAGUGA